GCUAAAGCUAAAACCAAUGCCCUUUUUCCUUUUCCCCAUCUUUCUCCCUUUCCCCUUUUUCCUCUUGGGUGGACUCAAAUACCAAGAUUGCGGUUUCCAACUAGAGUCAAUCCAAGCAACGCCAUGAGAAAGUUGAAAAGGGGAAAUUCCGCAGGAGGAUCUUCAACUAAAGUCAGCCAUUCUACUUCAUACUCCCUAUUGUUAUUAUUAUUAUCGUUCUCUGUAUCUACACGCAGUGCUCAUAUCAAAUCCCCGCCUUCUCUUCCUCUCGUUCAAUUAUAGUUGGGUUUAAUUUCUUUGACUGGAGAUCCUGAUCAGGGUCUUUGUUAUCAUUGUCUGCAUUUGGAUUUGUCUCUUGACAGCUGAGCGUUAAGCUAUGAUUUGAAAUAAAAAUUGUCUACUUCAGAGAUUGAAGACCUAAAUUCGGGGAAUACUCCAGCCAUGGAAGAUUCAUCUUCAAAGACGGUUGAAUUUCUCCGGGCACGGUUAUUAUCUGAAAGAUCGAUCUCACGUACAGCAAAACAGAGAGCUGAUGAACUGGCCAAGCGGGUUACAGAACUGGAGAAACAGCUUAAGAUUGUCUCUCUUCAAAGAAAGAAGGCUGAAAAGGCCACAGAAACUGUCCUGGCCAUUUUAGAGAACCAUGGUGUGGGUGAUGCUUCGGAUGACUUCGACUCUGUGUCUGACCAGGGUACUGCUUUGUGUGAAUCAAAUGUAUCCGAUUGUAAAGAUGAGUGCAAUGAAGAAGAAGCUUCAGUGAAAAGAAAUAUGGAGAUGAGAGGUAUUAGUGGAGAGGCCUACUCAAGCUCUGAGGUUGACUCUUCUCUACCUUUUGGUAGAAACUUGUCAUGGAAAAGUGAUAGGUCAACUCCGCAUUCUUUGUCUCGGAAGAAAUACAUGGAUUCUUCUAGAAGGUCUAGUAGCUCUGCAUCAACUGCUUCUUCAUCCAAAGUUGCUAAAUCAUGUCGCCGGAUAAGACGCAGAGAAACAAUAUCAGAUGUUGAGGAGUCACACAACGAGACAACUAUGCAAGCUACUCGGGAUAAUUCAGGAAUUACACAUGCUCAAAAUCUUCAUGGAGUGACUCGCUCUGGUACUGAGUCACCAAGAGGUGACCUUACAUGCCAUGCUGACAAUAACCAAUCAGAAUUCCCUGCUUUUCAAAUACUUGAAAAUGAAAACCAAGAAGAUAAUGGCAACGUAAGUAACCACACACAUGAAGAUGACAAAGAUAUGGAAAAAGCUUUGCAGCAUCAAUCAGAACUUAUAGGUCAAUAUGAAGCUGAGGAGAGAUUACAGAGAGAAUGGGAAGAAAAAUACACAGAGGAUUCCAACUUUGUGCCGGAUUCUUCACACGAUCUGGGAAACCAUUCAGAUGUGACCGAAGGAAGAGACAACAUCAGAGCAGUAUCUAAUGAUCAGUCUGCUAAGGUCACCAUUUGUUCUCAAGACCUUCAAGACCAUGGGAGAGUAGAUGAUGAAGAUUCUCUGUCCCCGGCGUCACUGCUAAACACAAACUGCGACAAAAUUGUUUCCCAAUCAUCCUCACCAGAAUUUGCUUUUCCCACCAUGCCCAAGGAAAAUAACCCCUCAGAGCAGACUCCAUCCUCUUAUACUUUGCAAAAGCCCGACAACACUUCAGGAAGAAAGGGCGAACUUGCUUUGGUUUUACCCGAGACGAACAAAAAUGUCAGAAAUGUCCUCGAAGCACUUGAACAAGCAAAAUUCUCACUGAGAGAGGAACUCAACAGUACCUCACAGAUACAGGGCGGCAGGCCUGUUGGUCUUUUCAGAUUACCAACAGACAUAAACUUUGAGUCAACACCUCCAAGAACAGGCUAUUCUUGUCCACCAUUAUUCAGCGUGGCCAAACAUACCCCUGAAACUGCUUCUGAUAUAUUCUCCCACGAGCAUUUCUCGGAGACUAGACGCACAGAUGCAUGGAGGCUGCCAAUGUUGGAGCCAUUUCCCAAUAUACCCUCCUCUCCCGCAAGAUUAUUGAACUCUCUUGAUCCUCGGCCAACCACGGGCCAUACAUUUCCUAAUAACCACACUCUAUUUUCUCCAAGUCGACUCUCUGCUACUGUUCCUGUCUGGGAAAACAUGUUUUCUCCUUCUAUGCGCUUCUCCCCUCAUGAUGAUCGUAUCGGACCACACACGUACAGGUAUUAAUAAUCCUGGCACUCCCUCUCCCAUCUUGGUUAUGACUUGUGACUAUUGAUUGCAGCUGAGUUGUAGAUUUAUCUAUAUGUAUGUAUGUAUAUAGUGCUGCUGUAUAAUAAGUUGGUGCUGUAUUAUCUUCUUAAAUGUGUUUUACUUUGCACCCUUGUAACGGAUAGAAAUGCAGUUUCUAAGCAGGUAAUAAAAAUAACAUAUUCAU